UUCGUGAGUCUAUCAUCUCACCUUGAAUGAAAUGGAUGAGAGAGAAUUGGCUCCAAUAUCGCCGUACAUUUGCACAGCCACCAUAUAUUUCUCGAUUCUUCACUUGGAAUGUUUGGCGGGAAAUCAAGCAACACUGGCUACUCUCUCCUCUUCUUUGAAUUAGCUUUUGAACUUCGCUAUCGUUUUUGGUAGAAGUUCCACCGGAGGUACGCACAACAAUGGAAAACCCUAGCAGCGGCAUUCGAGGGGCGAUGGAGGAGAAUACUUUGGCUAUUCUCGACGCAUCCGAAGCCACUAAACACACUCGAGACGCCGACGAUGACAGAAUUGCUUUCCUCGAAGCUGUUCGUGCGGCUUCACUUUUGCCAGAAAAUAAAUCGCCACCGACGUUCAAAAUGUGUGAAGCAAUUUUCAAAAUCUUGAGGUUCGGGACGUCCCUCGAACUGAUUUCAACAAGUUACCAGCUUUUGAACGAGUUAGACAGGCAAUUCCCUAGGGUGUAUAUGAAGAACACCAAUGGAUCGAGCAUGUCCCAUGAAUUAGUUGUUCUUCAGGAGGCUUGGACUCCAUUUGUUCUAGGCACUGACAUUUCAGAUAGCCAGAGGACUGCGGCUAAUGAUCUCACUGGCGGACUACUUGACCCCGUUGGUUUUCAUCUACUUCUGCAAGGCCUUGCAGAAGUCUCUGAUGUUGAAAAUUUCCAAGCAUUGGAUACCAAGGUCCUGAGUAACAUGUUAUUGUUUCAUUAUCUUGUCAGUGUCCUUGAAGGAGAUUUUGUGCCUCGAAAUCAGAUGUAUAAAGAAACCAUGAACUGGAUCCUUGUACGGGAAUCUUUGCUUAACAUGAUUCUGUGUUCAAGGAAAAUGAACUACAAAGGAUUGAUGAAGGAUUGUGUGACCACCCUGUGUGGGUUGGGUCAAUUUCUUGCUGAAUAUGACAAUGCUGUCCGAUUUUCUGAGACUUCUGCGGUGAAACAACCUGAAGCUAUUGAUACUGCUUUGGCUACUUCGUUUCUUCAUUUUGGAAGGAUAACAUGUGUUGCCAUCCUUAAACUUAUGGUAAUGGUCAUGGAGCUUGAUUCAUCUAAAAAGGAUGCGGAUAUGCAAGGUCAUACUACAAGGGCUGAUGGUGUGAGAACCCCACUCGCAGAGAUUAUUCAAGAUGAAAUGACUUAUGAUAAAAACAUUCUUUCGCCAUUUCUUCAGGUCUUCAGGGACCCAAAAUGGAAACUGGAAAUAAUCGUGCAAUUUUUCUGGAAAUACAUCUCCAAGCCUUCUGUUCGUACUAGGUGGUCUAAUGUUCCUGCAGAAGAUGCAACAUUCUCUGGAGUAUUGAAGUGUAUUUCAAACAGCUCUAGUACUAAAAGUAUUACUAAAAAGAUUGGUGCACAUGCAAUUCAUCUUUUAUUAGCACAUGGUUUUCAGGCUUUUCUGUUGCUCUCCGCUAAACAAAGGGUUGAAGACCUCCCCGAUUCCAAAGAACAAGUGGCAGGCGGUUCCGUCAUGGAAACUUGCAAGAAUUUGAUAUCAGUUUUUAAUUGCCUCAAGACAUUGGACGAGCGGUUGGAAAUUUCAUCAUGCGCAAAAGAGGCCAUUUUUAUAGCUGCAACAAUCAUGUCCAAAAAGUCAUAGGGUUCGAAUGAACUCACUUCUUGAGAAGUUUAGUCUCAGAGAUCUCAUAAUAUGCUGCAUGUGAAGGGUUAGCCAUAGCAGCAGCAGCCAUCCUCUUGUCAGAAGUCAAGAGUAGAUGAAGAAAAAAGUGAUAUUUUGAGAUAUUUCGCAUUGUUAAGUUAUGCCAUGCACAGGUAAGAAAAUUACCCAUUUCAGAGUUAAUCUUAACCAAGUUCUCUGUAUCGUUCCAAUUUUUAUUGGAUGUCCCCAAAGGGACUAAUCUUAACCAAGUUGAGUAGAUUAUAUAA